AUGGGGCUAAGACUUGCCAGCCUUUUUGCACUGUGGCUGGCUCUUUCCUGUGCGAAUGAAAUUAAAAAAGGUAGAACCCAAAACCAUGGCCACUAUGUCUGCAGUACCUGGGGGAACAAUCAUUUCAAAACUUUUGAUGGAGACUUCUACGAGUUCCCUGGCCUCUGUGAUUACAACUUUGCUUCUGACUGCCGAGAGUCUUACCAGGAGUUCUCAGUCCAUGUCCAGCGUGCUGUGAAUGAAAAUGGACACCCUGAAAUGCAAUAUGUCCUGAUCACCAUAAAGGAUGUUCCAAUCUACCUCACCCAAAAUACGGUUGUGGUGGAUCAGGAAGUGGUAACAACACCAUACUAUAGUUCUGGUUUGCUGAUUGAGAAAAAUGAAGUCUACACUAAAGUCUAUGCAAGAGCAGGCCUUGUUCUAAUGUGGAACCGUGAAGAUUCACUGAUGUUGGAGCUGGAUGCCAAGUUUAACAACAAUACAUGUGGUCUUUGUGGGGAUUACAAUGGACAGCAGCUCUACAAUGAAUUUCUCUCUAACAACAUGAAAUUCAAUCCCAUCACAUUUGGAAAUAUGCAAAAGAUAAACAAACCCAACACAGUAUGUGAAGACCCUGAUGAAUCACAGACUGUCUCAACCUGUAAUCAGCAUCGUGAUGAGUGUCUGAAUCUGCUGACUUCUUCAGUAUUCGCUGACUGUGAGUUCCGUCUGAACCUGGAGAUGUAUGUUCAAGCCUGUAUGCAGGAUAAGUGUGCCUGCCAGGGAGCCGAGGAUUCCUUCUGCCUCUGUAGCACCAUCUCUGAGUACUCUCGCCAAUGUUCCCAUGCUGGUGGCCGGCCUGGAAGCUGGAGGACAGAAGAAUUUUGCCCUAAGACGUGCCCUGGAAACAUGAUCUACAAGGAAAGCAGCUCACCAUGCAUUAGCACUUGUUCCCAUUUGGAGAUCAGCAGCCUUUGUGAGGAACACUUCAUGGAUGGCUGCUUCUGCCCUGAAGGAACUGUGUAUGAUGACAUCAAUGGGAAAGGCUGUGUGUCUGUUAACCAAUGUCACUGCAAACAGCAUGGAUCUCUGUAUUCACCUGGGCAAAAUAUCACCAAUGAAUGUGAAGAAUGCACCUGUGAUUCAGGCAGGUGGGUGUGCAAGCAGUUAUCCUGUCCAGGCUCAUGCUUAGUGGAAGGAGGUGCUCACAUCACCACCUUUGACGGGAAGAAAUACACCUUCCACGGAGACUGUUACUAUGUGCUGUCCAAGGAAAGUGUAAAUGACACUCACGCCCUCCUGGCAGAGCUGACUCCCUGUGGCUCCACAGACAAACAGACCUGUUUGAAGACUGUUGUGCUGUUAAUAGACCACAAGAAAAAUAUCUUGGUUUUCAGAUCAGAUGGCACUGUGCUGCUGAAUGAACUGGAAGUGCACUUGCCCCAUGUGACAGCAAGCUUCUCAAUUUUCCAGCCAACUUCAUACCAUCUCAUUGUGCAUACCUAUUUUGGUCUCAAGCUACAAAUCCAGUUGGUUCCAAUCAUGCAGCUGUUUGUGAUUGUGGAUCAAUCUGCCCAAGGAAAACUGCAAGGUCUUUGUGGGAAUUUCAAUGGCAUAGAAUGUGAUGAUUUUAAAACAGCUGGUGGGUUGGUAGAAGCUACAGGAUCUGCCUUUGCUAACACUUGGAAAGCACAAGCCACCUGUAAAGACCAAGUGGAUAAUUUGGAAGACCCUUGUGCUCUCAGCUUUGAAAGCGAAAAUUAUGCUGAAUAUUGGUGUUCCUUUCUGAAAAAUUCAGAAUCUCCUUUUGCCAGAUGUCACUCAGCCAUUGAUCCUGUGGAAUAUUAUAAGAGAUGUAAAUAUGACACCUGCAGCUGUAAGAACAGUGAAGAAUGCUUGUGUGGGGCCGUAUCCUCUUACGCAAGGGCCUGUGCCUUCAAAGGAAUCAUGCUCGGGGGCUGGAGACAAACUAUCUGCAACAAAGAAGUGUCCUCUUGCCCAGCAUCCCAGGUCUUUCGUUACAAUCUGACCACAUGUCAACAUACCUGUCGCUCCCUUGCUGAUGGCGAAAAGCACUGCUUGGAGGGCUUCAUUCCCAUUGAUGGCUGUGGCUGCCCUGAUAACACCUAUAUGAAUGAGAAGGGUAACUGUGUGCCCAUCUCCCAUUGUACAUGCUACUAUAAAGGGUCAUACCUGGAACCUGGGGAUGUCAUCGUGAAACAAGAAGAACGCUGUAUUUGCCGAAAUGCAGUUCUCCAUUGCACUCCAGUGAAGAUAAUAAAUGACACGUGUCUAUCCCCCAAGAUUCACUUUGAUUGCAGCAGCGUCAAGUCUUGGUCUUCACAAACCCCUCUGCAGCUAAGCUGUCAUACACUGGAUACUGACUAUGUACGUUUUCAUUUUACCUCUGACUAUGGCAUGGCUUCUUCUUUCCCCUAAGGGGGCUGUGUCAAGGAGAAGGACUGUCCAUGUAUUCAUAACAAGGAGUUUUAUUCUCCUGGAGAGGACGUAAAAGUGGGCUGCAACAAAUGUACCUGCCGAAAAGGAAGAUGGACCUGCACCAAUCGUGUGUGCUAUGGGACUUGUACUGUAUAUGGAAGUGGCCAUUAUAUCAGCUUUGAUGGAAAAUACUAUGACUUUGAUGGACACUGUGAAUAUGUGGCUGCCCAGGAUUAUUGUGGCGAGGAUGCCAGGGGUUCGCUUAGUAUCGUCACAGUGAAUGUUCCAUGUGGAACCACCGGAGUCACUUGCUCAAAGGCUAUUAAAAUAUUUCUAGGGAAAACCGAACUGAAGUUGGAGGAGAAGCAGUAUCUAGAAAUUCAGCGAGAUGUUGGCGACCAUGUACGAUAUUGGAAUCGUACAGUGGGGCUCUAUCUUGUUAUUGAGGCCAGCAAUGGCAUGAUGCUCAUCUGGGAUAAGAAGACUACUAUUUUCAUAAAGCUGACUCCUAAUUAUAAGGGCAAAAUUUGUGGUUUGUGUGGCAACUUUGAUGACAAGUCCAACAAUGACUUCACAACAAGGAGCGGGCUGCUGGUGACCAAUCCUCUGGAGUUUGGUAAUUCUUGGAAACUGUCUGGCUCCUGCCCUGAUGUGGUGGAAGAGAUCCUGCCCUGCAAUCUGAAACCUCACCGCAAGUCCUGGGCAGAGAAGGAGUGCAGCAUCAUCCGGAGUGAUGUCUUUAAAGUUUGUCAUGCCAAGGUGGACCCAGCUCCGUUCUAUGACAAUUGUGUUCAUGAUGCCUGCUCCUGUGACAGUGGUGGAGACUGUGAGUGCUUCUGUUCCGCAGUUGCUGCUUAUGCCCAAGAGUGCAUUAAGGCUGAAGCUUGUGUCUUCUGGAGAACUCCUGAUAUAUGCCCAAUAUUUUGUGAUUACUACAACCCUCGUAAUGAGUGUGAAUGGCACUACGAGCCCUGUGGCCGUCAAAUUCUGACCUGCAGGAUCAUUAACAAUGUCAGCACCAACUUCUCAUUGCCAUAUCUGGAAGGUUGCUACCCCAGAUGUCCUGAAGAAAAGCCCAUUUUUGAUGAAGACCUCAGAAAAUGUGUACGUGAAGAUCAAUGUGGCUGUUAUACUGAAAAUGGCACUCGUUAUGAAAAUGGCUCAAAAAUACCCACAGAAGACCCUUGUCUGGAAUGUCUGUACAACAACCACUACAACCACUACUACCACAUCCACCACCACAUCAAUGACUACCACAGUGACAACGACACCUACCACUACUACACCGACUACCACCUCAGUUACCACCACAAUCUCUUCAACCCCUUCAACUACCACCAUGCCACGAUCAAGUACUACAACAGGAACCACAACCAGUACUUCACAACAUGUAUACCUGGAACUUCAUACUGUUCGUGGUCUGACUGGUUUGAUGUGAGUUACCCAAAAUAUGGCCCAGAGGGUGGUGAUUAUGAAACCUAUAUUAACAUCACAGCAUGGAAUGCCUCAGCGAUAUGUGAGACUCCACUAAAUAUUUCAUGCAGAGCUCAGAAAUUCCCUGACAUCUCUAUUGAAGAUUUAGGACAAAAAGUGCAAUGUGAUGUUUCCACUGGGCUUACCUGUAAUAAUAAAGACCAAGUCCCAGGGGGCAUGAUUCCAAUUCCUAUGUGCCUCAAUUAUGAGAUCCGUGUUUACUGCUGCUCACCGCCUUACCCCAUAUGUCCAACUACCACUCAAACGACGACACCUACCACCACCACCACAGCAACGACUACUCCAGCAACAAGUACCCCAAAGACGACGACACCUACUUCCACCACCACCGAAACAACUACCCCCGGGACGACGACACCUACCACCACCACAGUAACGACAACACCUACCACCACCACCGAAACAACUACCCCCGGGACGACGACACCUACCACCACCACAGUAACGACAACACCUUCCACCACCACAGAAACAACUACUCCAGGGACAACAACACCUACCACCACCACCACCGCUUCCACCACCACCGAAACAACUACCCCCGGGACAACAACACCUACCACCACCACCACUGCUUCCACCACCACCGAAACAACUACCCCCGGGACAACAACACCUACCACCACCACCACCGCUUCCACCACCACCGAAACAACUACCCCCGGGACAACAACACCUACCACCACCACCACUGCUUCCACCACCACUGGAACAACUACCCCCGGGACAACAACACCUACCACCACCACCACCGCUUCCACCACCACCGAAACAACUACCCCCGGGACAACAACACCUACCACCACCACAGUAACGACAACACCUACCACCACCACCGAAACAACUACCCCAAAGACGACGACACCUACCACCACCACAGUAAUGACAACACCUACCACCACCACAGAAACAACUACCCCCGGGACGACGACACCUACCACCACCACAGUAACGACAACACCUACCACCACCACCGAAACAACUACCCCCGGGACGACGACACCUACCACCACCACAGUAACGACAACACCUACCACCACCACCGAAACAACUACCCCAAAGACGACGACACCUACCACCACCACAGUAACGACAACACCUACCACCACCACCGAAACAACUACCCCAGGGACAACAACACCUACCACCACCACAGUAACGACAACACCUACCACCACCACAGAAACAACUACUCCAGGGACAACAACACCUACCACCACCACCACCGCUUCCACCACCACCGAAACAACUACCUCAGGGACGACGACACCUACCACCACCACAGUAACGACAACACCUACCACCACCACCGAAACAACUACCCCAGGGACGACGACACCUACCACCACCACAGUAACGACAACACCUACCACCACCACCGAAACAACUACCCCAAAGACGACGACACCUACCACCACCACAGUAACAACAACACCUACCACCACCACCGAAACAACUACCCCAGGGACAACAACACCUACCACCACCACAGUAACGACAACACCUACCACCACCACACCGACUACCACCCCAGUUACCACCACAAUCUCUUCAACCCCUUCAACAACAUGUAUACCUGGAACUUCAUACUGUUCGUGGUCUGACUGGUUUGAUGUGAGUUACCCAAAAUAUGGCCCAGAGGGUGGUGAUUAUGAAACCUAUAUUAACAUCACAGCAUGGAAUGCCUCAGCGAUAUGUGAGACUCCACUAAAUAUUUCAUGCAGAGCUCAGAAAUUCCCUGACAUCUCUAUUGAAGAUUUAGGACAAAAAGUGCAAUGUGAUGUUUCCACUGGGCUUACCUGUAAUAAUAAAGACCAAAUCCCAGGGGACAUGAUUCCAAUUCCUAUGUGCCUCAAUUAUGAGAUCCGUGUUUACUGCUGCUCACCGCCUUACCCCAUAUGUCCAACUACCACUCAAACGACGACACCUACCACCACCACCACAGCAACGACUACUCCAGCAACAAGUACCCCAAAGACGACGACACCUACUACCACCACCACCGAAACAACUACCCCCGGGACGACGACACCUACCACCACCACAGUAACGACAACACCUACCACCACCACCGAAACAACUACCCCCGGGACGACGACACCUACCACCACCACAGUAACGACAACACCUUCCACCACCACAGAAACAACUACUCCAGGGACAACAACACCUACCACCACCACCACCGCUUCCACCACCACCGAAACAACUACCCCCGGGACAACAACACCUACCACCACCACCACUGCUUCCACCACCACCGAAACAACUACCCCCGGGACAACAACACCUACCACCACCACCACCGCUUCCACCACCACCGAAACAACUACCCCCGGGACAACAACACCUACCACCACCACCACUGCUUCCACCACCACUGGAACAACUACCCCCGGGACAACAACACCUACCACCACCACCACCGCUUCCACCACCACCGAAACAACUACCCCCGGGACAACAACACCUACCACCACCACAGUAACGACAACACCUACCACCACCACCGAAACAACUACCCCAAAGACGACGACACCUACCACCACCACAGUAAUGACAACACCUACCACCACCACAGAAACAACUACCCCCGGGACGACGACACCUACCACCACCACAGUAACGACAACACCUACCACCACCACCGAAACAACUACCCCCGGGACGACGACACCUACCACCACCACAGUAACGACAACACCUACCACCACCACCGAAACAACUACCCCCGGGACGACGACACCUACCACCACCACAGUAACGACAACACCUACCACCACCACCGAAACAACUACCCCAGGGACAACAACACCUACCACCACCACAGUAACGACAACACCUACCACCACCACAGAAACAACUACUCCAGGGACAACAACACCUACCACCACCACCACCGCUUCCACCACCACCGAAACAACUACCUCAGGGACGACGACACCUACCACCACCACAGUAACGACAACACCUUCCACCACCACAGAAACAACUACUCCAGGGACAACAACACCUACCACCACCACCACCGAAACAACUACCCCCGGGACAACAACACCUACCACCACCACCACCGCUUCCACCACCACCGAAACAACUACCCCCGGGACGACGACACCUACCACCACCACAGUAACGACAACACCUACCACCACCACUGAAACAACUACCCCAGGAACGACGACACCUACCACCAUCACCACCGCUUCCACCACCACCGAAACAACUACCCCCGGGGGGACGACACCUACCACCACCACAGUAACGACAACACCUACCACCACCACCGAAACAACUACUUCAGGGACAACAACACCUACCACCACCACCACUGCUUCCACCACCACCGAAACAACUACCCCAGGAACGACGACACCUACCACCACCACCACCGCUUCCACCACCACCGAAACAACUACCCCAGGGACAACAACACCUACCACCACCACAGUAACGACAACACCUACCACCACCACCGAAACAACUACCCCAAAGACGACGACACCUACCACCACCACAGUAACGACAACACCUACCACCACCACCGAAACAACUACCCCCGGGACGACGACACCUACCACCAGCACAGUAACGACAACACCUAUCACCACCACUGAAACAACUACCCCAGGAACGACGACACCUACCACCACCACCACCGCUUCCACCACCACCGAAACAACUACCCCAGCGACGACGACACCUACCACCACCACCGAAACAACUACCCCCGUGACGACGACACCCACCACCACCGAAACAACUACCUCCGCGACGACGACACCUACCACCCCCACCACCACCACCGAAACAACUACCCCAGCGACGACGACACCUACCACCACCACAGAAAGAAGUACCUCUCCAAAGAUACCCGGAUGUAGGUUACCUAAUAAUACUAUCAUUCAGCCAGGUGAAAGCUACUGGCCAUGUAACUGCACCAAGGCAAUAUGCAUUUCCGACAACACAUGGUACCUGAAUACGACUGUAUGUGAACUUCCUCCUAAGCCCAAUUGUACCAAUGGGCUCUCUCCUGUGCUAGUGGAGGGUAAAUGCUGUCCGCAGUGGGAGUGUGACUGCUAUUGCACUGGUUGGGGAGACCCACAUUAUGUGACAUUUGAUGGACGGUACUAUAGCUACCAAGGGAAUUGUACGUAUGUCCUGGUGGAAGAGAUUAACAAAAAGAUUGACAACUUUGGAGUCUACAUUGACAAUUAUCACUGCGAUGCACGGGACAGAGUGUCCUGUCCACGCACACUCAUCGUGAGACACGAGACCCAGGAAGUGCACGUGAAGACUCUCAGAAUGUUUCCUUUCCAAAUACAGGUGACGGUAAACAAUAAGGAAGUGGCUACACCUUAUGAAAAAUACGGCGUGAGAGUCUUUAAGUCAGGCAUAAAUCAUGUAGUGGAAAUUGCUAGACUUGGGGUAAACGUAACCUACAAUGGAUUGGCUUUCUCAAUUAGAUUGCCCUACAAGAAGUUUGGCAACAACACCCAAGGACAGUGCGGCACUUGUACCAACAACACAGCAGAUGACUGCAUGUUACCAGAUGGAAAGAUCAUAGAUAACUGUGAAACCAUGGCAGAUCAUUGGGUGAUUAAUGACCCUGAAAAGCCACACUGCUCUCCAUCCCCACCUACAAAGGCACCUCCUAUCACCCCACCACCCUGCAAACCAUCUGAUCUCUGCAAGCUCAUUAAAGAAGGCCCGUUCAAAGCAUGCCAUCCCUUUGUCAACCCUGACCACUUCUAUGCAGCCUGCGUUUUUGACAGUUGUGCUGUUCCCAACUCUAAAUUGGAGUGUGCAAGUUUGCAAAGCUACGCUGCCGUCUGCGCUGACCAGGGUGUCUGUGUUGAUUGGAGAGGACAUACCCGUGAUACCUGCCCUCUUAAGUGCCCAUCACACAAAGUAUACAAAGCAUGUGGUCCUAUUGAAGAGGAGACCUGCAAGUCAAGCCAAGUUGCACAAAAUCAAACCAGUCACGUGGAAGGCUGCUUUUGUCCUGAUGGAACAAUACCUUAUGGUGAUGGUGUGGAUGUCUGUGUAAAAACCUGUGGGUGUGUUGGACCAGAUAAUGAACCUAGAGAGUUUGGGGAAAGGUUUGAGUCUGACUGUAAGAAAUGCAUUUGCCUGGAGGGUGGAAGUGGCAUUGUCUGUGAGCCCCUCAAAUGUUCAGAGCAAGAGGAUAACCCAAGCUGCAGUGAUGAAGGCUUUUACGAGGUCACUGAAGUCAAUCCUGCCAACAUUUGCUGCAAUAUAACUUCCUGCAGAUGCAAUGUGACCUUUUGCACAACCAUCCCUCCUAAAUGUAAACUGGGUUAUGAACUUGUUAGCGAUAUUCCCCCUGGCAAGUGCUGUCCUACAUAUGGGUGCGUUCCCAAGAAGGUUUGUGUGCUUCAGAAUGCUGAGUACUUGCCUGGUUCCCCAGUCUUUGCUGAUAAGUGCCACAAUUGUGUCUGCACUGACAAAUCGAACAGUAGUGGUCUGAAUGUCAUCACAUGCAAGCACAUUCCAUGCAUUGAAGUGUGCCAGCCAGGAUAUGAACUUAAAGAUGUGAAAGGGGAAUGCUGUCCAAAAUGCGUGCAGACCAAGUGUGUUGUAAAUAAGGAUGACAACACUGUCCUCAUCUUGAAUCCUGGUGAAAUGGAAAACGAUCCGAAAAACAACUGCACCGUUUAUAGUUGUGUGUCAAUCAAAGGUCAGCUCAUCUCCUCCACCUCAGAGAUUACCUGCCCACCGUUCAGUGAGGAGAAUUGUCAAGCUGGCACUGUUACGCUGCUGCCUAAUGGUUGCUGUAAAACAUGCAUACCUCGUGAAAGCCCAUCACCGUGUUCUGUCACCCAAAUCUGGAACCAUAUCACCCAUAACGGCUGCCGUUCUGUGGACAAAGUCUACCUGACUCAGUGUGAAGGAUCAUGUGGAACCUUCUCAAUAUACUCUGCUGAGGCCAACUCCAUGGAGCACAAGUGUUCCUGCUGCAGGGAGGCAGCGACUAGCAAGAAGCAAGUUCUACUGCAGUGCCCCGAUGGGAAAUCUGUGAUGCACAGCUACCUGCAUGUGGACCGUUGUGAAUGUCUUAGCACUGAGUGCACAGAAUCCAGCUCCUCAGAAAAUUCCAAGAGCAACGAACAGUCCAAGGAAAGUGAAGAAAAGAGUACCAUCGAACGUGUCAAGCGGGCCAUUCAGAAAAUACUGAAAUGAAGGGGAGAAAAGUAAUGGCGCACAGAAAAAAGUACUACGAGGGUCUAUGCACCAGUCUCAUCUUCCAAGAGUAAAUCAAUGCUUUGCCUUUUCUCACUUCCUCCUCUUCUGUGCCCUCUCUGACCAUUUGUAACUGUGCUCUAUUUAUUUGUGUACAAAAGAGAGAGA